UCUAUUCGCUUGCGCGCAUAUGGGAGCACUGCGUCAGGGUAAAAGUGUUCACGGCUACACGGUCAGAUUUGAAAUUGAACCGGAUGUUGUGACUUAUACUUCACUCCUCGACAUGUACUCAAAGUGCGGGUUGCUGGACUUGGCUUACAGGGUGUUCAAUUCGAUGCCUGAGAAGAAUGUUCAGUCCUGGAGUGCGAUGAUUGCAGGGUUUGGGAUGCAUGGGAUGUGCUCGAGAGCACUUGCGCUUUUUGAUCGCAUGAGAUCAGAGGGCAUCGUGCCCAACUCUGUGACGUUUGUUUCUGUACUGUCUGCUUGUAGUCACUCGGGUAAAGUCCAAGAGGGACGUUACUACUUUGAGUCAAUGACUCAACACUACAAGAUCACCCCGACAAGCGAGCAUUUCUCUUGUAUGGUCGAUCUUUUAGGGCGAGCUGGGUUAAUUGAGGAGGCAGAAUCUUUAAUUGAGAAAAUGCCAGCUGCACCCCAUGCGAGUGUUUUCGGAGCUCUCAUGGGUGCUUGUAGAAUGCACAAGAAGGUUCAAUUAGCAGAACGGUUAGCAAAUAAGCUCUUUGUUAUGGAGCCUAAUCAGCCUGGCACGCACGUGCUCCUCUCUAAUAUUUACGCAGAAGCUGAGAUGUGGGAUAUGGUGAAGAAAACAAGGGAAGUUAUGAAUGAUAGAGGAUUGAGGAAAACAGUUGGAUACAGCUCUAUCGAAGUUGACAAAAGGGUUUUCAUAUUUAGCGUGAUGCACAAAUCUUACGACGAAAGAAUUCCCCAGGUGUGGCGUGUGCUGCGGGAACAAAUGAAAGCACUUGGUUAUACACCUGAUUUGUCCUCCAUACUCCAUGAUGUGGAUGACGAGGCGAAGGAGGAGAUGCUGUGUGGUCACAGCGAGAAGCUUGCCAUUGCUUUUGGUCUUUUGAAUACCGGAGAUGGGGUGCCACUGCGGAUAACUAAGAAUUUGAGAGUCUGUGGGGAUUGUCACACUGCAAGCAAGUAUGUUUCUAUAAUAACCAAGAGAGAGCUUAUUAUGAGGGAUUCUAAGAGAUUUCAUCAUGUUAAAGAUGGUGUUUGCUCGUGUGGAGACUAUUGGUGAUGCGACUGCUGCUGCUGCUUCGUUUUAGUAAAUUGUAACUUCAAUGACAUCAAAUUUGGCAUUUGCUCAAUACAUACACCAUUUUGCCUGAUGGUCGUCGUAGGAUAGUUUUCUAAGUUAAUAGUAGCGUCGCCUAACACUUCAGUAUUACUAUGUCAUUUCAUUCUUGUGGAAUGAGGACUGUUAAAUACAAUUUUACAGAUUUGUUUCAUCUCAAAGGUUGAAAAAUUGGUGGAUGGGGGAAUACUUGUAUCUGAUUCACU